ACACAAAGAUGAUUCAGGCGAGCGCAUUGAUCCAUAUUGUCCACUGAUGCAAUGUUUAUGCGUUGCCCAUUGUGAAACCGUUUAAGCCAAACGCCAUACGUACGUGUUGCUCAGGUUGCUUUUGAAGAAACUAUGUGAAACGUACAUGAACAUGUGUGCAUGUAUUGAUGACGAGAUGGCCAGCUACGGUUUGUUUACAGCGGUUAUAAAACGGGCUCAUCAAUUGCUGAAGAUGUCAGAUGUGAUAUUUCCUUUACUGUCCAUUUUGAUUUGCAUCUCUGCUCUGGCCGGCGUGGUCGAGCCGAGAAAGUGCUAUCAGUGUAGGUACAACGACUGGGAGAUCGACCGCUUCGACAUAUGCCUCGAUCCCUUCCUACCCGAACCGGGAGAAGUAACUGGAGUAUCGUGCAACGGAAUGUGCACGAAAUCAGUUUAUACAAGAAACGGUGAGAUCACUGCUAUGAACCGUUCCUGCAUCCCUUACACGGAGACGGCCGAAAAGUGCAUCCAUGGCUGUUUUGAACUAGUUCGAGGUGGAGAUCAAAGGACGUGUGUAUGGUGCUGUGACAACAACAACUUUUGCAACUGCGCCGACACGGUGACCCACGGCCAUCAACUGGGCGCAUGCUUGUUAGCGUUUCUGGUCACGUGGUUAACUUGAACAUUCAUCAAGAACAUUAUGUAAAACAAUUACAUAGUAAUGUUUGAAGAAGAAAUCAAAAUGACCAAUGACUUUGGAAUGACAAAUUUCUAGUCAAAGGUUAUUGUUCUAAAACUGGUCUGAAGCUUAGCACCAUUUUGAAAACGGAUGUCAUUGCACAAUUGAGCCAUAUGAGCGACCGUUUCUAAUUUCUCAGAAAAAAAGUGAAACCCCCUAUGGACCACGCAAAGCUCCAACUGCAGAGAUUCAUGGAGCCUGGAAAUUAUGAUUUGCACAGCAGUUCAAGCUACGCUUUGUAUUUCAAUCUAUUUCAAGCGAACAUAUUCACUGAUCUGAAACCCUAAAUCCAACUUAAAAACCAGUAUCUCAAACAAUGAAGAGCGUAGCACGUACCUAUAUGUAGUGACGUCAUAUCAAAAAGUCUUGGCUGACAGUGCUCUUGAUCAGCCAACAAAUGCCACUGAAGCCACUGGCGGGCAUCUAUCUGUGCUGAAUACAAAAAAGGGCAAAAAGCUUGCUCGACAUUGUUAACAAAUUGUUUGUGUCAUCAAUUCCGCAUGGUAUGGUGGUUUCCGGCGGCUUAAGUUCAUGUGACAUUGCAAGUCUGUGCGCAUACCACAGAAGCGGAGGUCUUUCACCCUGUUACCAUAGAGAGGGUGGUCCUACGAGUUUAAUUUCUUUGAUGUGCAUGACGACAGUUCUCCAAGCCCUCACAGUGCCUUACCACUUAUUGUAAAUAAAUUGUGUACAUACCUGUUGUAAAAAUUAAAUUAAAUCGAAAAUGAA